ACCUACAGCUUGCAAAUAGGAAGGACUCAGUCAGUAUUUGUGAAUGAGUGAAUGAAUGGAUGAAUAUAAAAAGAAGGAAGUGGACAAAUCUGUGGGAUUCUUGGGUAUUGGAAUCAACAGGACUUGGUGAUUGCUUAGAAAAUAGCUGCUGGUAGUUCAGAAGUGUAUUCCUUUCCUAAUUGGGCAUUUGAAGGAUUCAACCCAUAAUGACAUCAUCCUAAACAUCCUAAUAGAGAUAGCAGGCUAUGAGCCAGUGGCUUUGAAUGGUUUUCUUCCAAUGCUGAAAGAGAUCGGUGAGAGAUUCCCCUACCUCAUUGGACAGAUGGCAAGGAUUUAUGGAGCUGUUGGGCAUGUGAAUGAAGAGAGAGCCAGGAGCUGCCUGACAUACCUGGUGAGCCAACUGGCCAACAUGGAGCAUUCAUUUCACCAUAUUCUCCUGCUGGAGAUUAAAGGCAUCACCGACACCUUCUCCUCAAUCUUGGGCCCUCAGAGCAGAGACAUCUUCCGCAUGAGCAACAGCUUCACCGCCAUUGCUAAACUCCUUACCCGACAACUGGAAAAUGCAAAGGCUGGAAGUGGCAGGAGAAAAAUCAGCACUGAAAUUGAAUUCCCUGAGAAACUGGAAGAAACCAAGCUCAUAGUAGCUGAAAAUGAAGACCAUGAAAAACUCCAAGUUAAAAUCCAGGCUUUUGAAGACAAGAUAAAUGCAGACAGCAAUACCCCUGGCUCUAUCAGAAGAUAUAGUCUGGGCCAAGUUUCUAAAGAAGAAAGAAAAAACAUUAGAUUUAACAGGUCAAAAAGUUUGGCUUUGCACACUGUGCUCACAAAGGGUGUGAGUUCAGACGAUGGUGAAGAUGAAAACAGGAGAGAUAUACUAGCCAGCAUCUCUCUUUCAGAAAUAGACCCACUUAGCCAAGGAAAUGACAAGCUGCCCUUUAAGGCAGACACUGACAGAUCACAGCUGGGAGAGUCUUCAGUUUCAUACCCAAAUAUUAUACAUAAAGACUCAGAGAAUUUGCCAGAAACUGUUAAAGAAAACUUCCAGGAAGAAACUCCAGAGACAACUGCAAGUCCUAUAGAAUACCAAGAUAAGCUCUACUUGCACUUAAAAAAAAACCUCAGCAAAGUGAAAGCAUAUGCCAUGGAAAUUGGAAAGAAGAUUCCAGUCCCUGAUCAGUGUACCAUUGAAGACACCGUGAGAAGUUGUGUAGCAAAGUUGUUCUUCACCUGCUCCCUGAAGGGUCAUUACUGCCUAUACAGUAAGUCCAGUUUUAUUCUCAUCAGUCAAGAACCUCAGCCAUGGAUCCAGAUCAUGUUUCUAUUUCAGCAGAGCCUGUUUCCUGAACCCCUGUCCAUUCAGAGUCAUUCUGUGCAAUUUCUCAGAGCCCUGUGGGAGAAGACCCAGGCAGGGGAUGCUCACAGCUUUGAAACAGCCAUGAUGGAGUCCACGUUUCCGCAGCAAAAGGAUCUGGACCAGGUGCAGCUCCAUCUGGAAGAAGUGAGGUUCUUUGACGUGUUUGGCUUCAGUGAAACAGCAGGAGCAUGGCAAUGCUUCAUGUGCAACAACCCUGAAAAAGCAACUGUUGUAAAUCAAGAUGGCCAGCCUCUCAUCGAAGGAAAACUUAAAGAGAAGCAAGUCAGAUGGAAGUUCAUCAAAAGGUGGAAAACACGCUAUUUUACACUGGCUGGAAAUCAACUUCUGUUUCAAAAAGGAAAGUCUAAAGAUGACCCUGACGACUGCCCAAUAGAACUCAGCAAAGUACAGAGUGUGAAAGCUGUGGCCAAGAAACGCAGGGACCGCUCUCUCCCCCGGGCUUUCGAAAUCUUCACAGACAAUAAAACCUAUGUCUUUAAGGCCAAGGAUGAGAAGAAUGCAGAAGAAUGGCUCCAGUGCAUCAAUGUGGCAGUUGCCCAAGCCAAAGAGAGGGAAAGUAGAGAAGUAACCACAUAUCUGUAGGGAUUUACAAGUCAGCCAUGACAACUACACACCACAGGCAUUGUAUUAUCAAUGCCAAUGUCAAGAAAAAGAGCUAAAUUUACCAAGCCAUGUUGUUUUUUACUAAAUACCAAUGGAAUUCUUGUCCUUUAAGAAGAAGGGCCUAAAAUGGCAGGAUUCUUAGUAAAUGUCAUACUCUAACAGCUUUAGUAUUGACUUCAGAAUAUAUCUGAUGCCUACAAAAAUAAAAUAAAAUAAAAGGAGCUAGAGAGUAUGCCCUCAGACAGUGUGGGGCCAGGAAGGGAAAAGUCACUGAUAAAAGAACCUCUGUAGAUAUGUCAUUUAAAACUAUGAGAAAACAGCAUGAAAAGAUGCCUGAACUAUCCGUCUUGAGGAAAGAUUAGCACUUCUGAUGAAAAUCACAGUCUGUCAAAGGUAUUAAAAGAAAAAUUUAAAAAAAAACCGUUAGAAACAUUGAACUAAUGUACACUGAGAAAAACCAUAUAACUUACUUAUAGACAUAUAAUUACAUGAUCCUCUCUUACUACAAAUGAGGCUAACACAUGGCAAAAUGGUUCUCAAGUCAGUUAUGUCAUUAAAUACUUCUCUUUCAGAAUUAUUUAAUUAUUCCCUUUAAGUUCAUUUUAUAUAAUCUACAGUUUAGAUGCUUGGACAUAUAUCCUGCCCAAGGCACUAAGUGUAAUAUAGAAAAAGGAUAGAAAGUCAUUUUCUCUAUCUUCAAAAUAAUGUGCCAUCUCCAUUAAAAUUAAGACUUUAAAGUUCUAUAAUUUUUUCUUUGUAUUCAACCUUUUAAUACCUCCAAAUUACAAAUAUCUAUUUUUUCACUACAUAGAUAUAUAAUUACACUAUGAUAGACAGAAUGCUGGAGUGAUUCUCAAUGAUCCAUGCCUUGGUAUAAUCCUCUCCCCCACUGUGUGUUGGUGGGACAUGUAACCUGCUUCUAACCAACAGAACAUGGCAAAAGUGAUGGGGUCAUCUCUCCCAUAAUUAUGUUACAUUAUAUAGCAAAAGUGAAGAGAGGUUGCAGAUAUACAUAAGGUUUCUAAUCAGUUGACUUUGAGUUAAUCAAAGAGACCCCCCUGGGUGGGCCUGACUUAAUCAGACUAGUCCUUUAAAAGAGGGUAAACAAGUCAGAGACUCUCUCUCCUAUUAGCCUUAAAUAAGCCAGCUGCCAUGAGCUCUACGGCUGGAAGGAAAUGAGUUUUGUCAACAACCAUGUGAUCUUGGAAGAAGCAUCUGAACCUCAGAUAAAAGCCCAGCCCCAGCCAACACCUUGGUUGCAGCUUUGUGAAACUCCGAGCAGAGGACCCAGCUAAACCACGCUUGGACUCCUGACCCACAGAAACUUUAAGAUAAUAAAUGUAUGCUGUUUUAAAUCUAAA